UGGGAAAAGUGUGCUUGAUUUGCCGCAUCGUAAGCGCUGGGGUGCUGGUUUAUUCUCCUGCGUAGAGAAGUGCACACUGAGCUGACGGGCUCAAACAAACAGGCCAAACAGAGGGUCUGUAGUCAUCCAUCACUGACAUGGGUGAAAGAUCGGCGGCGGCGGCGAGGCCAUGCACCGGCGGCACACCACGCUGCGCGAGAAGGGCCGGCGGCAGGCCGUCCGCGGGCCGGCGUACAUGUUCAACGAGCGCGGCACCAGCCUGACGGCGGAGGAGGAGCGCUUCCUGGACGCCGCCGAGUACGGCAACAUCCCCGUGGUGCGCAAGAUGCUGGACGAGUCCAAGACGCUCAACUUCAACUGCGUGGACUACAUGGGCCAGAAUGCACUGCAGCUGGCGGUGGGCAACGAGCACCUGGAGGUGACGGAGCUGCUGCUGAAGAAGGACAGCCUGGCGCGGGUGGGCGACGGGCUGCUGCUGGCCAUCAGCAAAGGGUACGUGCGCAUCGUGGAGGCCAUCCUGGGCCACGCGGCGUUCGCGGGCGGCCUGCGCCUCACCCUCAGCCCGCUGGAGCAGGAGCUGCGGGACGACGACUUCUACGCCUACGACGAGGACGGCACGCGCUUCUCGCACGACGUGACGCCCGUCAUCCUGGCCGCGCACUGCCAGGAGUACGAGAUCGUGCACAUCCUGCUGUUGAAGGGCGCGCGCAUCGAGCGGCCGCACGACUACUUCUGCAAGUGCGGCGAGUGCGCCGAGAAGCAGCGCCGCGACUCCUUCAGCCACUCCCGCUCCCGCAUGAACGCCUACAAGGGCCUGGCCAGCCCCGCCUACCUCUCGCUGUCCAGCGAGGACCCCGUCCUCACCGCCCUGGAGCUCAGCAACGAGCUGUCCCGGCUCGCCAACAUCGAAACCGAGUUCAAGAAUGACUACAGAAAGCUCUCUAUGCAGUGCAAGGACUUUGUGGUGGGGGUAUUAGACCUGUGUCGGGACACGGAGGAGGUGGAAGCCAUACUGAAUGGAGAUGUGGACCAGGUCCCUCCCGGUGACCACAGCCGGCCCUGCCUCAGCCGGGUGAAGUUGGCCAUCAAGUAUGAGGUGAAGAAGUUUGUUGCUCACCCAAACUGCCAGCAGCAGCUCCUGACCAUCUGGUACGAGAACCUGUCCGGUCUGCGUCAGCAGUCCAUCGGGGUGAAGUGCUGGACGGUGCUGGGAGUGACUGUAGGACUGCCCUUCCUAGCCAUCGCCUACUGGAUCAUGCCCUGCAGCAAGCUGGGUCAGAUCCUGCGGAGUCCGUUCAUGAAGUUUGUGGCCCACGCCGUGUCCUUCACCAUUUUCCUGGGCCUCCUGGUGGUGAACGCCUCAGAUCGCUUUGAGGGAGUCAAGAACCUCCCCAACGAAACCAUCACGGACCACCCCCGGCAAGUCUUCCGGGUGAAGACCACACAGUUCUCCUGGACUGAGUUGCUCAUCAUGAAGUGGGUACUGGGGAUGAUCUGGUCAGAGUGUAAGGAGAUCUGGGCAGAAGGACCCCGGGAGUACCUGAUGCACCUUUGGAAUGUUCUGGACUUCGGCAUGCUGUCCAUCUUCGUGGCGUCCUUCACCGCCCGCCUCAUCGCCUUCCUGAAGGCUUCCAAGGCUCAGCUGUACGUGGACCUGCACGUGUCAAACAAUGACCUGACCAACGCCUCCCUGCCUGCUGAUGUGGCCUACUUCACCUACGCCAGGAACAAGUGGCGUCCCUCGGAUCCUCAGAUCAUUUCGGAGGGGCUGUACGCCAUCGCUGUGGUUCUCAGUUUCUCCCGAAUCGCCUACAUCCUGCCGGCCAACGAGAGCUUCGGCCCGCUGCAGAUCUCGCUGGGCCGCACGGUCAAGGACAUCUUCAAGUUCAUGGUCAUCUUCAUCAUGGUGUUUGUGGCCUUCAUGAUUGGCAUGUUCAACCUCUAUUCAUACUACCUGGGAGCCAAGUACAACCCUGCCUUCACCACGGUGGAAGAGAGCUUUAAGACACUGUUCUGGUCAAUCUUUGGUCUGUCUGAGGUCAUCUCUGUGGUACUAAAGUAUGACCACAAGUUUAUUGAAAACAUUGGCUACGUCCUGUACGGAGUCUACAACGUCACCAUGGUGGUCGUCCUCCUCAACAUGCUUAUCGCCAUGAUCAAUAACUCCUACCAGGAGAUUGAGGAGGAUGCAGAUGUGGAGUGGAAGUUUGCCCGUGCCAAGCUGUGGCUCUCCUACUUUGACGAGGGCAGGACUCUUCCCGCCCCUUUCAACCUGGUGCCCAGCCCCAAGUCCUUCUACUACCUGAUCCUGAGGACCAGGACCUGCCUGGUCAGACUGUGCAAGGCGGGGGGCAGGAGGGCCGACGGCAGCGAAGUGGAGAUGGGCAUGCUCAACUCCCGCACUAAGCCAGAUCGAUUCCGAAGGCACCCCAGAGCACAAGAUGACUUCGCGGUGAAAAAACCCAUCAAGCACCCGACCCGUUACCAGAAAAUAAUGAAGCGUCUUAUUAAGCGCUACGUUCUGAAGGCCCAGGUCGACAGGGAGAACGAUGAAGUCAACGAAGGCGAGCUGAAGGAGAUCAAGCAGGACAUCUCCAGCCUGCGCUACGAGCUCCUGGAGGAGAAGUCUCAGGCCACCGGGGAGCUGGCCGACCUCAUACAGCAGCUCAGCCACAACCUCGGGAAGAACACCAAGAAACCGUGAGAGUCCACGACCUCUGGAGAGAGCGAGAGAGAGGGAAAGAGAGAGAGAGAAGGAAGGAGGGAGCAGACGGUGGUGGUGGUGGUGGCGGUGAUGGUGGUUUGGGGUCGGCGGGGUGACAGAAGGCCAGAACGUGGGCUCUGAUGUAAUGAACGAACAAAGACACUGCGCUGUGCCUGCGGGAAACCUUCACGGCUCAACGUUUCAGGAGAGGCUCGUCAGAGCACCUGAUUUUAAGAGACUGAGCACUUCUUUUUUUUUUUUUUACAAUCCUGACCAAACAAAACCCUCUCAGAGAAAGGGGAGAGGGAGGGAGCCUAUGGGAGCCCUGGAAUCACAGCCUUCAGAGUGAUUUACACACACACUGCGUAAGCUGACGAUCCUAACAGAGGCACAGCCGAGCGAGACAUUAGCAAGAACUGCAGGGUGCAAUAUUGUGAACAAAAUGCCUUCUCUGUCUGAAGAGUAAGCAAUUUGAGAAGAGGGCAGAAAUAUCUAGACCCAAAUCCUUUUUUUAUUAAAAGAAAGCACAGCCUGUGAUGGGUGUGCAUUAAGGGGGUUAAAUGGGCGAGGGGCAGGGGAACAGAGGUUGCUUGAAGGACACUGUGGAGAGUCACAAUUAUUUGGGGGGGGGGGGGGUGGGUUGGGAUGAGACUGUUGUUUACUGACGUAUCCGAUGGUGCUGGUAGAAGCCCUUUAUAGCGAAAAACAAGGCACUCAGCGACCCUGAUGCUACGUCCUGCACUCCCAUUCUGUCUAGUGACAUCAGCUCACCAGGGUGAGUGCAGUACGAAGGCAGGAGGCAAGAGCAAGGGGGGGG